AUGGAGUUUGCUGGAAAAUUUCUAAAGCCCGUCUGGCGUCCAAUGCUGCAAGUGGCUCGUCAAUAUUGCGAGAAGCCUAUGCGAAGUCUAGUGGCAUUUCCUGUUGCCAAGGUGGAAAGUGGAAAGUCCAAAUACAUGAUGGCCCACGUUUAUAUUCAUGGGGAGAUGGGCAGUGCCAAGCAGGUGAUUCGUAGUCAUGCCAAGGCCAAGUACCAUCUUGACGUCUACGAUGAACUGAAGAAGGAGGCCGAGGCGAUGGGCUUGUGCACCCAGGGCCUGGGAGGUGGUUACUUGGUCCACGACAAGGAGAAGAAGUACAUUAAGCUCUAUGGAAGAUCUCAGGCCCUGGGAAAGGCCGACCACGAGGCAGCCCGGGAACUACUGCAGCCCAUCUAUAAUGAUCACAAGAUCGAUGCUGAAUCUGGCGGCAUGGAACCUUAGAGAAUAUUGUUUUUCUGGCACUAUUCGAUUCGGCAAAUAUUUCUCUUUUAAGAGUCGCCCUUGUCUAGCAUUUUGUUAUCAUAAAUUUUGGUCCUAGGACUGUGUGUAUACUUUACAUUAAUUAAAAUUAAAUUUCCCAA